AUGGCAAUUCCAAUUUUAUUUUAGAGUAAUUCUUAUUUGAAGUAUUCAUAUUAACAUAUUAUUUUGAAAGCUGUUAUAAAUAGUAUCGUUAAAUUAUGCAAAUCAAAAUAAAAUUUAGAAUAUCGAUAAUGUCUAAAAGAAUAGAAUAAAUACAGAUAUGAUUUUAGAGAUAAACUAAAUGAUUACUUUAAUAAUUAGCAAUAAGUAUUAAGUUUUGAAGACUUUACUAGUAAUUGUACGAAAGAAUGAAAUAGUAAUGUAUGAACAAAAAUGAUGAAGAAUUAAUUUAAUGUUUUAUGGAUUCAAAAAUUGAUUAAAAAGAAAUUAAUAAUAAAAUGUAAGAAUUCAAAGAAUAGAGAAGAAAAAUCACUAAAAAUUUGAUCUGA